AUGACGUUUGCACAGAGAGUGGCGGAGGAGAUGGGGAUCCCCGCCGUCGUGUUCUGGACGACGAGCGCUUGUGGUUUCAUGGCGUAUCUUCACUUCGCUGAGCUGAUAAAAAGAGGCUAUGUUCCACUUAAAGACGAAAGCUACCUAAACAAUGGCUACCUAGAAACCCCAAUCGACUGGAUCCCCGGCAUGCCAGACAUCCGGCUCAAAGACUUCCCCAGCUUCAUCCGCACGACGGACCCCAACGACAUAAUGCUCAACUUCGACGGCAACGAAGCACAGAACGCUCGCACAGCCCGCGGACUCAUCCUCAACACCUUCGACGAACUUGAACGCAGCGUCAUCCAAGCUCUCGGCUCCAUCUUUCCAAAUCUCUACACAAUCGGCCCCCUCCCUCUCUUCCUCUCCCCACCGACCCCAAACACCAACUCCAUCGGCUCCAACCUAUGGAAAGAAGACCUCAGCUGCCUCCAAUGGCUUGACAAACAGGAUCUCGGUUCUGUUCUGUACGUCAACUUCGGCAGCAUAACGGUGGUCACGGCCGAUCAGCUAAGGGAAUUCGCUUGGGGUUUGAAGAACAGCGGUUUUCCUUUCUUGUGGAUAAUGAGGCCGGAUCUCGUGCGAGGGCAUGAGGGGGCGGCGGCUGAUGAGGUUUUGGUGAGAAUGGAAGAAGAUGGGAGAGGGAAAGUGGCGGCGUGGUGCGUGCAGGAGGAAGUGCUAGGACACGGAGCAGUGGGAGUGUUUUUGACGCAUUGUGGGUGGAAUUCGACGGUGGAGAGUAUAUGCGGUGGUGUGCCGAUGAUUUGUUGGCCGUUCUUCGCGGAGCAGCAGACUAACUGUAGGUAUGUGUGUGGGGAAUGGGGUUUGGGGGUGGAGAUAGAGGGGGAGGUGAGGAGGGAGAAGGUGGAAGGGAUUGUGAGGGAGGUGAUGGAAGGGGAGAAGGGGAGGGAGAUGAGGGUGAGGGCGAGGGAGUGGAAGGAGAGGGGGCGGCGAGCGGCGGAGAUCGGGGGAUCUUCAUCGGAAGGAUUGGAGAGGUUGGUGAG